AAGGCUGAGGGCUGAGGGCGGCUGUGUCGGCGGCGUUGCUUGUAGGUGUCGGUGGGAGUUUGUGUGCCGAGCUAACGAGGAGCGAGAGACGAUGUCGGGGCGCGGGAAGCAGGGCGGCAAGGCGCGCGCCAAGGCCAAGUCGCGCUCGUCGCGGGCCGGGCUGCAGUUCCCCGUGGGCCGCGUGCACCGGCUGCUGCGCAAGGGCAACUACGCGGAGCGCGUGGGCGCCGGCGCGCCGGUGUACCUGGCGGCCGUGCUGGAGUACCUGACGGCCGAGAUCCUGGAGCUGGCGGGCAACGCGGCCCGCGACAACAAGAAGACGCGCAUCAUCCCGCGCCACCUGCAGCUGGCCAUCCGCAACGACGAGGAGCUCAACAAGCUGCUGGGCAAGGUGACGAUCGCGCAGGGCGGCGUGCUGCCCAACAUCCAGGCCGUGCUGCUGCCCAAGAAGACGGAGAGUCACAAAGCCAAGAGCAAGUAAAGCGGGCUGCGGAAGCGUCCGGAGCCCCGAAGCGAACCCCAAAGGCUCUUUUCAGAGCCACCCACAGUCUCGAGAAAGAGCUUGAAAUGCUGCUCCGGUCGGGGUGCUGGUGGAAAGGGAAGCAAAGGGAACGCAAGGGUGGCUGUGUGUUUCGGGCUCUGUGUGUGUGUCGUGUGUUGUUUGUAUUUAGCCUGGGCUAGUUGUGGCGGGCUGUGUGUUCAUGGUUCAGGAUCGAGGGGCAUGGCUCUGCUCAUGACGCGCAAGGAGCCGCUGUGCUGGGAUAGGAUGGGCGCGGGCCGAGGGGAGCGGGAAAUGUCCCGGGGCCAAUCGUGGUUUGCGCGGGCUUUUGGAAAUGGCGCGGGCGCCGAACCGUCCGUGGCCGCGGGCCCGCGCUCUCGUGGGCUGCAGCGGCGCCCGGAAGUGCGAACAGGCUGCUCCAGGGUGUCUCUACUAGAGGCGCUGCAGUUGGUUCUGCAGGUGCCUUUGAGUGACGGGUAGGGA